UUUCGACCCCAGAGAGAUUGAAGUGGUGGAGGCACAGCGGGAUGACAUCAGAGCAGGGGCUGCGGGUGAGUCUUCUGAUGUGCCCGAGGCCAGCCUCAGGGACUACUUCCUGAAGGACUACAAAGGAGGCGGUGUCUUUCAGCACGAGGCCUACGAGCACCAUCCCGACGAAUGGUGCUGGAUCCACAAGAGCUCUGGCAUCAAGGUGUGGCAGGAUGCCCUGGACCUGACUCAGUCCGGUGGAAGUUGCGAAGUCGAGUGCUUCUUUCAUUACACGACUCAGUUGGGGUUCCGAAACAUUACGGCUCCACAGAAGAAAGCCGUUGAAGUCUUCGUGCUGCACUCAGUCACCAAUCAACAUGUCAUGUGAUGUCAUGUGACAUGCGUCUUUUUGCCCGCUCACCUUGCCGAUGGCCAUAGCCUUGAGCAUCCGAAGGCCUCUUUGAUGACCAGCGGUCCGAACGCCAAUGCAUGGUGGGGAAAAGGCAAGGUCAGUCACGGAUGCGCGUCCAUUAUUUUGCAGCUGCUGUAUCACAACUGACAAAACGUGAGCAUUUGCUUCACCGUCUGUGGUUGUGCACAGCAGGACGCUUAAGUGCUUUGUUUCUCUCUGACUGAGAGAUGUCCUUGGACCUUUGUGUCCACUGCAAACAAUUCUGAUGAGGAGUUUAUAGCGUGCGAAGAGCGCCCGAUGACUGGCCAGAUGUGGCAACGCUGAUCGACAACAAUUACCGCAACAUGCACGCGAGAGACGUGAAAACGAAAGGCCGCGAGGCCGCGGACGAGGAGAGUGUGCCUUUCUUAGGCGCAACAUUGCCCACAGUUUUGUUUCAAUUUUUGGAUGUGCACAUCGUCAGUGUUUGCAGAUUAACAGACCUAGAUCCAGUCAUGGAGGAGUACGCCUCGCGCGUGGCCUAUUGCAUACCAAUAUUGGCCAACGCCGCCGUCACAUACGACGUUUCGAUUCAACAGACGCCGGAGAUGCAGAAGGAGGCUGGUAGCAUCGGGUAGCAUUUGUGUGCUUUGCCCGG